CGCAUCCUAAGCCUCGUCGUCCUCGCUGCUUUAUACAACUCGCCGUAUCGCUUUAUCCGGCGCUGCCUUUGCUUUCGCAGCGUUAUCUCAGCAAAUACCUCCGUUGUUCCUAAUUCACGACAGCCUAGAGCUUUUUCUGUUGACUUUUCCCCCCUUAUCAUGGUAGCACUACCGCACUACUCGUAAUUGCCAGCUAUCCUUUUUCUUCUUUCUUCUUUGUUCUCUCAGCACGGCCAGGCUGCGUGCGCACAAAGACGUUUUAUCAGCGCUUAUCCGACUUGCUCAUGUUUCUUCAUCGGUAUCAGCUUUUCCUAACUCUCAUGCUUGCUCCACCUACACGAUCUUCUAAGCUGUCAGCCAAAGUAAGAUGUGGCGGCGCACAUAUCUUCUCCUAGUUCUCAUCAGGCUCUGGUUCGCUCUGUCGCCCAGCUACCUCCACCCCGAUGAGAACUUCCAGGGGCCGGAAGUGAUUGCCGGCCAGAUCUUUAGUUACCCUGUUCGGCAUACAUGGGAAUUCACUAGCGAGAAUCCGAUUCGGAGUGUCUUCCCUCUCUGGCCCGUCUAUGGGCUUCCUAUGCUUUUGCUGCGUUGGCUUUGGGUUGGAAAUGGCCAAGAUGGCGACAUUCCCCCUGUUGUUGUCUUCUGGACGCUGAGGUUCUUGAUGUUCUUGACAAGCUUUGUGCUUGAAGACUGGGCCCUUGACGAGUUAAUCAACCUCGAUGAAUCAGUCCACAGGGCACGCCAGCGCCGUAAUGCUCUUCUUCUUGUUGCAUCGUCUUAUGUGACUUGGACUUUUCAAACACACACCUUUUCCAACUCAGUCGAGACAUUGACGGUCUUGUGGAGCUUGGUCUUGAUAAAACGCAUCACUGCUCCGCAAGUGACAUUAGAGUCAAACGCUGACUAUGACAGACCUUUUACGGUGGUCGCUUUGGUUCUGGCCGCCCUUGCUACUGCUUUCAUCGCUAUUGCGAUUGAUACUGCUUUUUACACGCCGGAGCCCAUUACUUGGACUGAUCUAAUCACGAAUCCCGUUAUUACGCCUCUUAACAACCUCAUAUAUAAUUCUUCCACCGAAAAUCUGGCACUGCACGGUCUACACCCUUGGUAUCAACAUAUCCUCGCCAAUUUACCGCAGCUUAUUGGACCGGCAUUCGUCUUAAUAUUCUUUCGGCCUUAUGUGUCUUUGAGACUGUGCUCGGCCAUUUCUGGAAUUGUCGUUCUAUCUUUAAUUAAACAUCAAGAAGCACGAUUCCUUUUGCCAGCUGUACCACUUAUCUUAUCAUCCUUACAACUGCCGAAGAACCCAACAACUAAUCGAAUCUGGACAGCAUCUUGGAUUAUAUUCAAUGUCUUCCUUGGCGUGCUCAUGGGGAUUUAUCACCAAGGCGGUAUUGUUCCUGGACAGGUAUUUAUGAGCAAACAGCCCGACGCCACAAAUGUCAUCUGGUGGAAGACAUAUCCUCCCCCUAUCUGGCUUCUCAACGGCAAAAAUGAAGUUUUGACUACCAAGGAUGUCAUGGGAAUCAAGGGUGAAGCGCUGCUGGAACAACUAGCUGAGAUGGCUACAUGCGAUACUCCUGCAGACCGGCGCAGUCAGGAGUAUUUGAAAGAGAAGAAUGGAGCUUAUUUGAUCGCGCCAGCGUCGGCCACUUGGUUGGACCCAUAUCUCUCCAACAAGGGCUUAGAGGGGCUGAGAUUUCGGGAGGUUUGGCGGUAUAGGAACCAUCUCAAUUUGGACGAUAUGGAUUUUGGAGAUGACGGGGUCUGGAAUACUCUCUCCCGAGUCAUUGGUCGUCGGGGGCUCGUCGCGUGGCGUGUAACGAAAAGCUGCGGUUUAUAAAGCCCAGCAUCUUUUAAAAUUUUAUAGACAUACAUGAAU